GUGAACCGACCUGCCCUUUCCUACACCAAUGUGUCAUAGCGAACGAAGUAAACUAAACAACGUUUUUAUCGCGAAUACCAGUCGAACCAAAAAGGCGCACCAUUUGUUUCCCGUCCGGCGCGUAAUGUAAAUAAGGGAAAGUCUGUGACAGUGUAUCCGAAACACGAUGGUAUUUUACUUCAUCAGCAAUGUCGUUCAGCCACCGGUGACACUGUUCAUGGGUUUGGAUAAGUACGAAAAUGAAGAUCUUAUAAGAUGGGGCUGGCCGGAAGAUGUGUGGUUCCACGUCCACAAGGUGUCCUCCGCCCACGUGUACCUUCGGCUCGAGCCAGGUCAAACGCUGGACGACAUCCCAUCGGCCGUGCUGGAGGACGCCUGUCAGCUGGUCAAGGCUAACAGCAUCAAUGGCAACAAGAUGAACAACGUCGACAUUGUCUACACGAUGUGGGACAAUCUCAAGAAAACGGCCGCCAUGGAAGUUGGCCAAGUGGCGUUCCAUCGGGAUAAGGAGGUGCGCAUGUUUCGGGUCGAGAAGCGCAGCAACGAAAUAGUGAACCGUUUGAACAAGACAAAACGUGAAGAAUCGAUCGAUUUUCGGGCGGAGCGUGAAAAGCGGGACGCACUGGAACGUGCCGACAAGAAGCGAAUGGCACGGGAGCAACGGGAGCAUGAGAAGGAGGAAGAAAAGCGACGCCAGGAGGAAGCAGAACUGCGGAGCUACAAUUCGCUGAUGAAGCCGGAAAACAUGACCUCCAACUAUGACGCUGGUAAUGAUUCGGAUGAAUUUAUGUAGGGUGUGAGGGAAAGGAGAGAGAGAGAGACAAUGAAACUGUUGUACCGGCGUGGCGGAAGGAUUACGAAUAAAUUAUUAAUUGUUUUAUUUCA